GCAUGCUGUGAUUUCAGAGGUGUACUGUUUAGCUCGGUCUCAAAGCUAGCAGGGUACUUUGAUUUUACUGAGGAAAACCAGCAGGAAAAAUUCAUCACCGUGGAUAUCUGACAAACUGAACCCAGAAUGGCGGAUGGAGAAGAUGCAAUGCCUCAGAGACGGAUGGUGAUGAUUGGUGCUCGAAGGGAUGGCAAAAGCUCUACGGCCAACACGAUUUUGAGAAAGCAGCGAUUUGAGUGCGGCAGAAUUCCAACAGUUCAAAGCGAAGCUCUACAUGAGAUAGUGGAGGGAAGGGAGUUGGUGGUAGUUGACGCACCAGGAUGGAAGAACUCUCCCUCUCUCAGUGAAAUCCCAGAAAGAGAAAAGGAACAAUUUAAAAUAAAUGCUUCCAAGUGUCCGCCUGGACCACAUGCUUUCCUCCUUGUCAUACCGAUAGAUGCCAGAUUCUCCUACGAACAAAAGAUGACUGUGGAAGAUUAUAUGAAGUUGCUCGGGGAUCGAGUGUGGCAACACACUAUCGUGCUGUUCACCUUUGGUGACUUCCUGGGGUCAAAGACCAUUGAGCAAUACAUUGAGAGUGAAGGUGAAGCGCUCACUUGGUUAAUAGAAAAGUGUCAGGACAGGUACCAUGUGAUCAACAACAAAGACAAAAGCAACUUAACUCAGGUCACUGAACUGAUAGAGAAGAUUGAUGAGAUGGUCGAGGCCAAUGAUAACGGUUUCUAUAGGCUAGACAUGCACGCAUUUGAUACCAUUAUGAAGAAGCAAGAAGAGAUAGCAAAGAGGGCUUAUGAGAGACACAGGCAAGCCUUGGAAACAAGAAGGCAAAUGAAAGCAAUUGUCUCAGGAAUGGAACCCAUCAAGAAACUUCAGAUGAUUCUCCUUGGCAGCCGCUUUGUUGGGAAAACCUCUUUAGGUAAAACCAUUUUAGGUAUCGAAGAGCAUGGAGAAGAAGAGAGAACAACAUUUUCGCACACCCUCCAUGGCAUAGUGGGCAGUACGGAGAUUACAAUAGUAGACACGCCAGGCUGGAGGAAAGGCUUCACUGCAUCUGACACGCCAGAAAUGAUUAAAGACGAGGUCCUGUACAGCUUAUUCAAGUGCCAACCGGGGCCCCACGUCUUCUUGCUAGUGAUCGACGCCGAAGCCUCAUUUAACCGCAAUCAUUUGAAUGCAGCCACCACUCAUAUGGAGCUCCUAGGGAAGGGCGUAUGGAAACACACGAUUUUGGUGUUCACCCGAGGAGACUGCCUGCGGUCACGUAAUAUAGAGGAAUACAUUGAAGGCGAGGGUAAAGCACUGCAAUCUCUGGUGGAGCGAUGUGGUGACAGGUAUCAUGUCAUUGACAACAUGAAUGCAGACGAUGGCAGUCAGAUUAAGGAGCUAUUGGAGAAAAUCACGCUGACUCUGGCAGGGAACAAAGGGCAACAUUUUAAACCUAAUAGGAAGAUGCUUGAGGACCUGAAGGAGAAAGAAAAAAAAGUGGAAGAAGCUGUUCUCCAGAGAAGUCAAGCCAAGGCUGCCAAAGUGGAGAAAGGUUUUGCCAAAAAGUUAAAUGAGCUUCAAAUUUUGAUUAUCGGUGAAAAGCUGUCAGGAAAGACAACUGCAGCAAAUUACAUCCUGCAAAGCAUGGUGUUCCACACCAAAUCAAAUCACGGGUGUAUGGCUCAGACGGCUCAAGUUGCAGGCAGGAGAGUCACAGUGGUCGACACCCCUGGCUGGAACAAGGUGCCAGAAUGCACCUCGAACCUGGACAGAGAAAUCGUCCAAGGUCUGACUCUGAGCCAUGAAGGGGUCCACGCUGUUCUGAUUAUGAUUUCCUUGGACAUGACAUUCAACGACGUCAAUAAGGAAAUGCUGGAAGAUCAUGUCAAUCUCUUCGGAGAGAGUGUAUGGGAUCACACAAUUGUUUUAUUCACCAACAUGGAAAGCUUCACAGACAGAUCCCUGGAAGAUCACAUUGUGAGGGAACAUCUGCUGCAAUGGUUGAUUGAGAAGUGUAGGAACAGAUACCACUACCUGAACGUCACAGAAAAAAGCAAUGUUAGCCAGCACCAGCAGCUGUUUACUAAGAUAGAGGAGAUGUCAGCAAAGAACCAGGGUCGCCUCUUUCACCCCGACAUCAAUGACAUCCACCUGAGGAUUGAUAAAAAGUUCCAUAAGAGGCAAAUCAAAGAUGUGCUGCAACAUGUAAUUGAGCAGGGGUCCAAAAUCCGAGAGCUGGAACUGUGUAAAAGCUUCAAGGAGAAACUCAUCAAGCUUCAAGGGGACAUAAAUGAGAUUGUUCCAGCUCCGCGAACAUUGGGUGCCGGUUUCAAGGGGAAGGGCAAGAAGAAAUGUGUCCUGGCAGAUAUUGAACAAGAGAUUGAUGAUCUAAAUAAGACCAUUUUCCAGUUGAGUCAGCGGAACAGCAUGGACUUCGGGAACCCUUCCUUGAGUGGAUCCACCCAAACCAUCGAUGAAGUUGCGGAAUGGCUGUCUACGAUUGAAACAAGCACAAGCCAAGCUUCUAUGCUCACGCUAAAUUCUUCACAGUCAUCAGGGUAUAGAUCUCAAUAUCUCCCUUUGCUGGAUGACUGACCUGCAUCGAAUCAACAGCGCACCAAUUACUCUGUUAGUUAUUUUUUUUUAAAUACAGAAAUAUUUUACUUUGUAGAAUUUAGUUAUUAUUCACAAAAUUAUACAAGGGUUUGUUCAAAAAAUAGGACAGCAAACUGAGCAGCUUUUCUAGCAAACUGUUUUUGCCCAUUAUAGCUAAAGCCCAAUGUGAAUAAAGUUAUCUCAUUUGGUAAAAAUGUACUUUUAAUGAAAACAACAAAGGUAAUAAAUUGACAAUGACAAAGAUAAAGUUGAAUAAUACUUGAUAGAGAAGCUUUGGGAGUUUGAAUUAUUUGUAUGUACGUUUACAUUCGUUUUGAUGGUAUUUAUUAAUUUACAGUAAAUGUAUAUUUUGUGGGAGUUGUCCAAUCAAAGUAAAAAUAAGAUGGUAAUUUCAAAAUUUCAGAGGUGAUAAAUCAUUGCUUCGAAGCCUUGUUGCCUGUUGUUUCUAUACAGAGGAAAUGGUACAUCCAAAUUUAUUGAAAAAUGCAAAUACUGUACAGAUACCACUCAUGUGAUAGUCCAAUGCACCAAAUCAGCAGUGGGAAUUAAUGUGAAAUAAUUAGGUUAAUACGAAUGAACGAAACAUUUUUAAAUGUGUUUUAUCCAUUUAAAACUGGGCUUAGGAUCGUGUUGUCACCCCUGUAGGCCAUGAUUGUGGUCGUUUUCUUACUUUUUAACCACUAAGAUAUUCCCCCUUUCAUCUCAACUCUGUUUUUCUGUUGACUGUUAAAUAAAGUUUAAUUCCGUCAAACAAUGUUGACUGGUGUGUUCCAAGGUGCAGGGCAUCAUAUCAUAAUCACAAUGGGUAAAAAAAGUCCUAAUGUGGUUGUUAACCAUAGCUUUAUUGCAUACAAAUUAUGUGUCAAGUAAUGACUAUAUAAUCUUAGUACUAACGUGUGUGUUGGUGUAUGCAUAUCCUAAACGUAUCUACAUUAAGCACUUGUUUUGUUUUUAAACCGUUGUUUUAUUAUGUACAGCAUGUUGUGUUGCAUUUUCGUGCAAAAAAAUUGCUUUAUAAAGUUUUGAUGAAUUUUAUCGAGACAUGCAAGAGACGUACUUCCUUUCCCAUGACACAGUCGUUUUUAGACUGUUCCCAGGCCUGAAUAUCAAUUGAUCUCAACUGUCUUCUUUAUUAGAAAUAACAACGCAAUACAAUACAACAAAGACAAUGUAGGAAUGGAUAUUUUGUGAUUUCAAGAGAAUUUAUGGAAUUUAUGAAUUUAUUUACUUGGUUAGUGAUGGUUGUUUUAUUUUAUUGUUGUCGUCUGUUCUGUAAAGCGCUUUGGUACAGCUGUGGUUGUUGUGAAGACUAUAUGAAUAAAGCGAGUUGGAAUCCA